UACAGGAACAAGACAGGAACAAUCAUCACUACAGUUGUUUUCCAGUGGAUACACAGAUUAUUUCCUGCAUAAUUCCUUAUUUCCAUUUUAACAAAUCUUUCAUCUUUUAAGUUGAUAGAUAGUUGAUUAAUAGCUUUUCCAGGCAGACUCACACCACUUGAAUUACAUCUCUUUGUAGGCAAAUUGUAUAUUCAUCUUUUUCAGAUGUUUUUAAAAAAUCUUUCAGACAUACAAGACCUGACCAAGCGGGAUGAAUCCAGACCGGAGCGUCCAGCUAAUUCUCAUCCUCUUCCUUCAGUGCAUCUACGUUUGCACUCAAGCCCCGGCUCGUGGCCAUGCAGAGGAGCGACUACUUCAGGUUUUAUUCCGCAGCUAUAACAAGCUCUCACGUCCUGUAGAGAACAUCUCAGACGUGGUGCUGGUCCACUUUGGCCUUUCCAUCGCACAGCUCAUUGAUGUAGAUGAAAAGAAUCAAAUGAUGACCACCAAUGUGUGGGUGAAACAGGAAUGGAGUGAUUACAAGCUGCGCUGGAACCCUGAGGAGUUUGAGAAUGUCACCUCCAUCCGAAUUCCCUCCGAGCUCAUCUGGAGACCUGAUAUUGUGCUCUACAACAACGCUGACGGAGAUUUCGCUGUGACUCACUUGACCAAAGCCCAGGUCUUUCAUGAUGGCAGAGUGAAAUGGAAGCCUCCUGCCAUAUACAAGAGCUCCUGCAGUAUUGACGUCACAUUUUUCCCUUUCGAUCAGCAGAACUGUAAGAUGAAGUUUGGCUCAUGGACGUAUGACCGAGCUAAGAUCGACUUGGUCAGCAUGGACAGCAACGUGGACCAAAUGGACUACUGGGAGAGUGGUGAGUGGGUCAUCAUCAAUGCUGUGGGAAAGUACAACAGCAAGAAAUAUGAGUGCUGCACAGAAAUCUACCCAGACAUCACGUACUACUUCAUCAUCCGCCGGCUCCCUCUGUUCUACACCAUCAAUCUGAUUAUCCCAUGCCUGCUGAUCUCGUGCUUGACCGUGCUUGUGUUCUACCUGCCCUCUGAGUGCGCCGAGAAGAUCACGCUGUGUAUAUCGGUGCUUCUUUCACUCACAGUCUUCCUCCUGCUCAUCACAGAAAUCAUCCCGUCCACCUCACUGGUCAUCCCACUCAUCGGUGAGUACCUGCUCUUCACCAUGAUCUUCGUCACGCUUUCCAUCAUCAUCACCGUGUUUGUGCUGAACGUGCACCAUCGCUCAUCCCGCACACAUCGGAUGCCCUAUUGGGUCCGUCAGCUCUUUCUCCACCUGGUACCGCGGUACCUUUUCAUGAAGCGUCCACCCGCUGCUGGGAAGAGGAACUGCCGCAAGCUGAUUGAAAUGAUGCACAGACCAACGGCACUGCAACCCAUCCAGCAGGUUAACCCCACCAUGACCACGCCCCUUGAUCUGUCUGCCUCGUCAUGUGCAAUACAGCGAGAAGUGGCAUCCAAAUCUCCUCUUUUUUGCAGCUCCCCCAGCAGUCAGUACUCCAUCCUUCAAGAGGAGGCCACACACAACACCAACCUCACACCUGGACUCACGUGCCCUCAAGUAAACACUGCCACUUCCUCGAGCUCUUCGUUGUCUCCAGAUGCAGCUCUUGGGCCUCUGCUUCAAACAAUAGCUCUGAGUGAGGUUUGUGAGUUUCAGUGCCACAGUGCCGAGAGCGUAUUUGUGGACACCACAGAGGGCACGCAUGAGACAGAAACUCUUUGGCAUUGUCAUAAGCACGAAGAGACGAGCAUACAGACAUACUUCACUGCAGAGAGAGGUGAAAAUACAGGCUCGUGUGUGAGACCCAAGGUACAAGGCGUUCAUAUUUCAAGUCCUAACUGCAGGAAAGAAUCCAAGCUGGAGGAAAUCGACUUUCAAGCAUCGCCGUCACUCCUGCGGGCCCUCGAGGGAGUCCAGUACAUCGCCGAUCAUCUCAGAGCUGAGGAUUCAGACUUUUCGGUAAGAGAAGACUGGAAAUAUGUCGCCAUGGUGAUUGAUAGAAUAUUUCUCUGGAUGUUUGUGCUGGUGUGCAUUUUGGGCACGGCUGGACUGUUUCUACCUCCUUGGCUGGCUGGAAUGAUCUAGAACCUGACAUGGAGCUCAGCACUGGAGAAGACACCCAGACAAACCCUUAAAGUGUCCUCCAACAGAUCCACUGGUUCUGACUAUAUAUCUGCCACAUCGCAGUAUCACGUUGCAGAAUGUCCGGUGUGGCCGAUAUAACCAUGAAGCAUUUAUUUUUUCCAAGGUCAGCUUAUAUUUCCUUGAUAUGCUUUCAAAGCAUAAAAUGAUUUAUUCCUGUUCUUUGAACAAAAGCCAGUUUCCGUGGCAAGUAAUCUGCUGUGCUGACUUCCUCUGUCUGUGCAUUAUCCUGUAUAAAUCUGUGCUUUAAUAUCUGUCCUGAUUAUAACCACAUGCUUUUAGCUUAUUUGUUAUAUAUUAAAGAUUCUGCUACAAACCUCUAGAUGAAUAAAAUUGAAGUUAACCAGCUUCACAGAGAAAUUUAUUUAAGAAUAAUUGUGUGCUAUAUUUGUACUGGUAUCGAGUUUUUCGCAAGGAAAUACAAAUAAAUGAUUUAAUAGA